GCCAGCGGGCCGACGGUCGAAAUCUGACAAGGCACGUGUUUGCCUCUCACCGAGCAGAGAGUCGCCCGCGAUGUCUCUCUUGACUUUCUUCAACCGAACUCAAGCAAUUUGAAGUCCUUUCUUUUACCUGCCCAGACUUAUCAUGCCUUCUCGUAAGGCGCAUUGCGUUCCAAUGCAUACCGUCAAUAUCCUUAGACCCUACAGAUAAACAGAAUAUUAAUGACGGUGGACUUGCUAUUACCGCUGACAUGCAAAGCAUACUUGAUCAACCGGGGUUCAUCAGUUCACAAAUGGGCGGCAGCCAGCUUCGACAGAUGUUCCAAACAGCAUGGACCAUGCUUGAUCUGUCUAAACUUUCGCCGCUCGCGAGGGCAUGUAUGAUGGGACACUCAUUGGAUGCUGUGAAAGAGGUGUUGUCAGGGGCCGACGCACCGGACAUCAAGGGCACAGAGACUCCCUUCCAACUUGGGUACGUUUCUCUAGCAGUGCUUGGAGUCAAUAGGCACCAUUGCCUCCCUCCCUGCAAUCCGGAGCACUUCAAAAUCGUGGAAUACCUUGUCCAGUCUGGCGCGCCACUUGACGUGCCAGAUAUCGCUGGUCACACAGCACUCCAUCAUGCAUGUACCCCGCCAGAUAUCAAACUGCAAUUCGCGAAGCUCCUGCUGCAGCGCGGUGCGAAUGCAAAUCCUCAGAAUCUCUAUGGCGAAGUUCCACUGUUUUUCGCACUGCAGGGUGGAGAUGCAGAGCUCACGGACUUACUUAUGGAACACGGAGCAAAAAUGGACAUCGAGGAUGCAAACGGAGAUUCACCGAAAAAGAUAUAUGUCGUUUUCGGUGCUGAGGUAACAGCUACGAUCAGAAAAUGGGAGAGAAAGCAAGCAGGGGCGGGACCUGCACCGUGCGAAGCGAGGAAGCGGUGUGAAAACUGUCGUACCGAGCAAAGCGGUCUAAGACAAUGCGCAAGAUGUCACACGGUCCGUUACUGCUCCGUUGAAUGCCAAAGAGCGCACUGGUCUACUCAUCGGCCCAAUUGUCAUGCUUUCUCGCCAUCGACGACUGUUACUUUAAAGCCUCAGUUCUACGACGAUACGGUGGCCUACUCAACAGCUGAUUUCGCGCGGGGGUGCCUUGGUCUGUCGAGAAGUGGAAAAAGCGCAGAAAGACCUGGGACUCAAAUGCUAUCGUCCGAAAACCGACGUAUGAUCAUCAAGAUCCAGGUUCCAUUGUCGUCUACAACAGGUCUACUGAUCUAUAAUCGGCAGCGGGACUUCACAUGCAUUGUUCACAGAAACACAGGUCCUGAGGCAUACGAUACUAUCGCGCAGACUGUGAGGAGCAAAGGUGUAGGUGGGACGAAUGGUCACAAGGCAUAUUUCGCAGCCGAAUUGAGAAGGAGAGAUGAGCUCGUGGUGAAGGUGUCGGAGGUACUUGCCGAGCAGCCGUUCUGAAUGAUCCAAGUAGGUUCAUUUUUCUCUUGUGGGUUAUGGCAUCACACAAAGGAAGCCUGAUCAUGGGACUAGCGGUACUUACUGUAGGCCGACUUGAAAUCGGGUGCUUAUGUAAUUAUGAUAGUGUGGUAGUACCCCGGUUGAUUCUGCAUCCCAACGC